GGACAAGGGUGACAUUGCCCUUGGCUCCGAGCAGGUGGUGCCCGGGGCGUACUGACUUGACCAGACUUUACUGAUCAGACAUUAAACGUUUUAGAACAAGUCCACUAAGCCACCCCGGGCGAUAGCUGCAAAGCAUUGUGUCUCCGGAGUAAUUACACUAACCUUUAUUGAAAGAAAGCGGGGACUAGGAGGUUUAUUCAGCGAGUUUGAAUCCCCAUUACUCGACGUAGACCACAUACUGGCGGCGACUCGACAUAUAGGGAAACUAUUGUUGACUUCUUUCUGCAACCCUUCCAAUGGGUCGCUGCGUUGCGUUGCUGCUCUGGGCUGCUGCUGCCCUGAGCAUUGCUACUGCUUCGGCUUCCCGACUGGACGCUUCCAACACCCGCGCCCACCCUCUCCGCGGCCUGCUCGCCGCCAACGGCUUCCCCUGGUGCCAGUGCCAGACGUACGACUGCAAGUGCAGCCCCUACAAGCUGGUCCUCCAGGAAAGCACCAAGCUUAACGCCACCACCACCCGCACCUGCUUCAGCAUCUCCUACAUCGGCUGCGACACCUCUCGGGACUGCUGCCGAGGCCUACUGGGCUCCGUUGACAAGCUCUCGCUGGACACCACCGUCCCCUGCGGCAACAAGGCCAACAUCCUGAAGGUCACGGUCAACGGCGCAACGCACCUCUCAUGGAGGCCCUACGACCGGGACACGGGAUAUGAGUUCAAGAUCUAUGAUCUGGGUAUGAACAACGCGACCUUUUCCGGAUCUAAGAUUUGCAUCACCACCAAGACCCCUUGCGCCUCGUCCGGCGACCUGUGCACUAACUCGGCAGCACCGAGCAAGGGAUGCAGGUACUCAUUCGCAGACACCUCGGCAACUAACUACUGCCCCAUCUGCUCCACGGUUACGAGUCUUCCUCCUCCUCCGCCCCCACCUUCUCCUCCGCCGCCUCCACCACCCCCUCCGCCUUCCCCACCCCCACCUUCUCCUCCUCCGCCGCC